UAUAAGCUCCAACUAUGCAGUUUCUUCUACUAAUGACUUUCAUUCUCCUCCUCGUCUUGUUUUUCUUAAAAUUCUUACAUUCAAUCAUAUGGGUUCCAUGGAAAAUCCAAGCCCAUUUCCGCAAACAAGGCAUACAAGGCCCUGGUUACCGUUUGAUCUUUGGAAACACGGCUGAGAUUCGCCGUAUGUACGCCGAAGCUCAGUCAAAGCCGAUGUCUUUGGACCACGACAUACUUCACCGUGUAGUUCCUUUCUACUACGAGUGGUCAGCUCUGUACGGGAAGUCGUUUCUGUGUUGGUUCGGAACAAAGCCCAGGUUGGCUAUAGCCGAUCCAGAUAUGAUCAAGGAAGCACUUUUGAAUACAGGUGUGUCGUUUGAAAGAAUGAAGUUCGACCCUUUGGUUGAGAUGUUCUUUGGACAAGGAUCACUUGCACUGAAGGGGGAGAGAUGGGCACACAAUCGAAGGAUCUUAAACCAAGUUUUUAAGAUGGAGACUGUUAAGGCUUGGGUUCCAGAAAUCGUGGGUAGUACCAGGAAGAUGCUCCAGGAGUGGGAGAAAGAAAGAGGAGGAAGAGAUGAAUUCGAGGUUGAUGUGCAGAAAGAUUUUCAUUGCCUUUCGGCAGACGUUAUAUCUAGAACUGUGUUUGGAAGCAGUUUUGAGGAGGGGAAGAGAAUUUUUAUGUUGCAAGAGCAGCAAUUGCACCUUGUCUCUCAAGCUAUAAGAAGUGUCUAUAUUCCUGGUUUCAGGUUUUUGCCUACAAAGAAUAAUAGAGAGAGGUGGAGACUUGAUAAGGAAACAAGAAAAUCCAUUCAGAUGGUGAUCAAGAACAAUAGCAAAGUGAGAGAAAAUUCAAGAAAUUUACUCGGUUUGUUAAUGUCUUCUCAUAAGAAUCAUAACGGUGAAGAAGAAAAAUUGGAGGAGGAGGGAAUCAUAGAUGAAUGUAAGACCAUCUACUUUGCAGGAAAGGAAACAAGUGCUAAUCUUUUGACUUGGGCACUCGUCCUUCUUGCACAGCAUCAAGAGUGGCAAACUAAGGCACGGGAAGAAGUUUUCCGCAUUUGUGGACACAAUGAGCAUCCAACUGCUGAGAAUUUAAGCUACUUUAAGAUAGUAAGCAUGAUACUCAAUGAAACACUUCGUCUCUACCCUCCGCCUGUUUUGCUGGCGAGGGAAACAUCCAAAAGAGUUAUGCUAGGGAAGCUUGAUAUUCCUAUUGGCACACAGCUCUUUAUGAUCAUGACCUCCGUCCAUCAUGAUACUGAGAUAUGGGGAAAAGAUGCACAUAAAUUCAAUCCAUUGAGGUUUUCUGAGCCUCGAAAUUAUUUAGCCUCAUAUUUUCCAUUUGGAUUAGGCCCUAGAACCUGUGUAGCUCAAAAUUUAGCCAUGGUUGAGAUGAAGGUAGCCUUAGCUAUGAUCAUUCAGAAAUAUUCUUUUAUAUUGUCACCAGCAUAUGUCCAUGCACCAAUGUUGUUGUUAAGUUUAAAGCCUCAACAUGGUGCAAAACUUGUAUUUAGGAGGAUAAUUAAUUGAGGCUAUGUAGGCUUAGCUUGUAUAUUGUGCAAUUUAUGUUCAUGGUCCAACUGUUUGGAGAUGUAUUGUUUUUAAUAUAUUAAAAAUGAUAUGUGGAUUUAA